GUUUUUACUCCUUUCACCGGGCGCCACAGAGGAGACUUUGCUGCUUUUGAAACGUGAAAUCUUACCGUAUUAUUAGAAAUUUUACUGUGCAGGACACAGCUGCAUUUUUCAUUCACACGUCUGAAUUACUCGUUAACCUUUACACGUACAAAUUCCAGCGUUGUAUCGCUGAAUGAGCAUUGUCUAGCAAAUUAUCUCAGCAACAACAGCGUGGGCUAUGGCGGCGGUUGACAGCUUUCAGUUUUUGUACAGAGAAAUUUCUCGGUCGUGCAGCUCUUACUUUGAGACCCUGGCUCUGGUCGGUGCUCUGUACACGGCCAGCAGGGCAGUAAUCCUGCUGAGUGACUGCUGCACGUUGGUCAGGGUGCAUUUCCUGCCCAGAAUGAUCCCAAGUAAGAAGCUGACUCAGAGAUACGGUGACUGGGCUGUCGUUUAUGGUGCAACAGAGCCUGUAGCCAAAGCGUAUGCAGAGGAGCUGGCCAGGCAUGGCAUCAGCAUUAUCUUUGUCGCUCAGGACCCUUCCUCUGUUAGAGACACUGCUGCAUCCCUCUCCCAAAGUUAUGAAGUGGAAACUCUUGUCGUGUCAGCUGAUGUCUCCCUGGACCAAGUGGCAUGCAAGCCACUCAAAGACGCAUUGAGGGGGAAAGAUAUCGGCUUCCUGGUGAACUGUGUCGAUGAGUCUUUGGCUUCACCCCAGAGCCUGAUUGAAGUGCCCGAGCAGCACCUCUUGGAUUUGGUGAAUAGGAACGUUGCAGUCACUACUCUGAUGACCCGAUUGGUUCUGCCAGGAAUGGUGGAGCGCAGCAGAGGCGCCGUGGUCAAUAUAUCAUCGGGUGCUUGUUGCAGACCUCUUCCUGGAAGAGUGACGCUCACCGCCUCCACUGGAUACCUGGAUCAUUUGUCAAGAGCGCUUCACCUUGAGUACAGUGGCAAAGGGAUCUUCAUUCAGAGUCUGAUCCCUUUCCAGAUAGCCUCAAGUGAGCAGCAGCCAUCAUCAUCACCAUCACGAAAAGAAGGCUGGUUUGUACCAAAGCCAGAAGUUUAUGCUCGCCAUGCCAUCUCCACUCUGGGUGUCUCGAACAAGACCACAGGCUACUGGCCUCAUACCCUGCAGUACGGACUGAUGAGAUGCAUUCCAGAGUGGAUCUGGGUUCUUGGAUCACGCGUGCUCAUCAGUUCAAGCUAAGAGCUUAACCCCAGUUGCUGGAUCUUCUUGUUACAUGAUUCACAUUGAGUUUCAGCUUCUUCUGCCAUCAAAUUUGUUUAAUUCUGAUGCUCUGAUGAGGUUGUUAGAGUUUUCUUUCUUUUGAUUGGGUAUUCACUACUAAAGGACUUGAAGAGGAAUUCACCUGAAGUAAAGAAUAUCCUGCAUUACUCCUACAGUAAUAGAUUAUAGCAAUAUAAAUGCAACCGGAACAAAUUCACUAGACACACAAGCCUACAUUUCAGAAUUGUAUUUUGACAUGCACUGUGAUAAGGCUUCUUCUUAUCUGCUAUUAAUCUACAGCCUUUCAGUCUAACCAAAAAACUUUUUGGGGACCAUAGAAAGAAGGUCAAACAACUUGUAAGCUGACAUUCGCCUUUCCUGUCCUUUCAGCUUGUACUCCUCUGGGCACACCUAUCUGGCACAUACACAGAGGAAAUGGUGUUUGCCCAAAAAAAAAAAAAACAGACUAAUAACACGUUACAUUCCUCCAUCAUGUUUGUAUGAAAAAGCUGCAUGGGUAACCUCACCCAGAUGUUACAGACAUGUUUAUUAAAGGUAGAAAAAAAAAAAAAAAAGUAUACAUUUCAGCUUAUUCUUGCACUGAGAUUAUGUCCUUGGCUUCUUUGCUUUGCUGGUCUGCUUUUGCUGGUCAAAGUUCAAAUACCAACAUGUGCCAGUGUGGUGUUCAUCUGCUGUAAAAAAUAAGAGUGUUU